AUGGACUGUAAUGCUUAUGAUCGAGACCGAAUUCGUAGGGCAUAUCUACAAAAAGGUCCUUGUCAACCUCGUGAUCAUAAUUUUCCACAAAAAUCAUUUGGACAAAAACUUCGGCGAUUUAAUCAGGCUUGGUUUAGUGAAUUUCCUAAUUGGUUGGAGUAUAGCGUAGUAAAAGAUGCAGCAUUUUGUUUAUGUUGUUAUCUUUUCAAACCCGAUAUUAGAGAUCAAGCUGGUGAUGAUUCUUUUGUUGGACUUGCGUUUCGUGGGCAUGAUGAAUCUGAAAAUUCAAGUAACCAAGGAAAUUUUCUUGAACUUCUCAAGUUUCUUGCUAAUCAUAAUGAAGAUGUCAAAGUGGUUGCAUUGAGCAAUGCUCCACAAAAUCUCAAGUUGACAUCUCUUGAUAUUCAAAAAGACAUUGUAAAUGUGGCCGCAUUUGAAACUAUCAAUGUGAUUAUUAAAGAUCUUGGUGAUGCACUUUUUUCUAUUUUGAUUGAUGAAGCCCGUGACAUAUCAUUCAAUGAGCAAAUGGCAAUUGUAAUACGAUAUGUUGACAAAAAAGGACAAGUGAUUGAGCACUUUUUGGGUAUUGAGCAUGUUGCUAAUACGAAUGCUCUCUUACUUAAACAAGCUAUGGAAAAUUUAUUCUCCAGACUUGGAUUGAGUAUUUCCAGAUUGCUGGGUCAAGGAUAUGACGGGGCUAGUAAUAUGCAAGUAUCAUGUAAACGUCGAGAUAUUGUUAGGGAGAAGCAAGCUGCAAAAGUUGCUGAGGCACUUAAUAAUGGAAAGCUAUCUAGUGGGCAAGGCUUAAAUCAAGAAACUAAUCUUAAACGUGCUAGUGAUACACGUUGGGGUUCAUACUAUGAUGGUUCAAAUUCAGAACAACGAGCAGAAGCAAAUGUAUUGUUGGACUCAAUUCAAUCAUUUGAGUUUGUAUUCAACUUUAAUUUGAUGAAAAUGAUAUUGGCUAUUACAAGUGAGUUAUUGCAAGCACUACAAAGGAAAAAUCAAGAUGUUGUUAAUGCCAUGAAUUUAGUUCAAAUUUCUAAAGUACGACUCCAAAAGAUAAGGGAGAGUGGGUGGACAUCUUUACUUGAUGAUAUUUUGUCUUUUUGUAAAAAGCAUGAAAUUGAUGUUUCCCAAAUGGAAGAUAUGAAAAAGUUAAUUCAUUUUGCUGAAUUUUAUCCCAAAGAAUUUUCUUCAAUGGAGCUUAUGGUACUUAAUGAUCAACUUUAUACAUAUAUUAUCGACAUGCUAUCCAGUAGUGAGUUCUCAAUGUUGAAUGGAAUUGCCGAUCUUGCUAAUAAAAUGGUAGAAACUAGAAGAGACAAAGUAUAUCCAUUGGUGUAUUUGCUCUUGACUUCAGCAUUAAUCUUACCUGUUGCAACUGCUACUGUUGAGAGGGUAUUUUCAACUAUGAAUAUUGUGAAGAAUCGGUUGUGGAACCGAAUGGGUGAUGAAUGGAUGAAUGAUAGCUUGGUUGACAUUGAGAGAUAUAUUUUUGAUGGUAUUGACAAUGAUACUAUUAUGGAAAGAUUUCAAAAGAUGAAAACUCGUCGGGGUCAAUUAUAA